AUGGCAUCCACCAAAGAUAAUCUCCACACAGAAACAGACAAAACCAAAAAAUACACCUUCCUCGCGGAAACAACCCCACACCUCGCAACAAUCCUAGGCUUCCCCUCCCGCUGCUCCACCUUCCCAGCUCUUUACAAGAGUACCUGCACCGAGAUCAUCGAUCUAGCAUGCACAAUCGCAGCCUUCGAGCCCGUACGCCUCCACGUACGCCUAGAGGACCUUUCAAAGGCCCAGGACCUCAUCUCCAAGCGCCUAGAGACAAGUGACAAACAGAAUAUCACUCUUAUCCCCGUCGCGACAAAUCACUGCUGGGUGCGCGAUACAGGUCCCGUCUACGUGCGCGGUCUCGAAGAUCCCCAACGGCGAUACGCAAUUGAUUUCCAGUUCUGCGAAUGGGGAAAUAAGAUCGAGGAACUACUUUACAUUGGCUCUGCGGAUAAAGAUGCAGCUGCAGAGGGAUGGCCGAUUAUGGAUGAGAGUCGACGGGAGGAGAAUACGUUGUUUGCGCGGAGGGUUUUGGAACUUGAAAAUCAGAACCUGAACCACGGAUGUCAUCCUGUUACCAGGGUUGUAUCUUCCGUUCGCUUGGAAGGUGGUGGGAUUGAGAUGGAUGGUGAGGGGACUUUCAUGGCGGCUGCGAGUAGUGUGUUAGUUCCGUCGCGCAAUGAGGGUCUCUCGCAAGAAGAUGUCGAGACCGAGUUAACUCGAUUAUUGGGCAUUGAGAAGUUUAUUUGGAUCCCUGGACGGGAGGGGCUGGAUAUUACGGAUUGUCAUAUUGAUGCCGAGGCGCGGUUUGUCAGGCCUGGUGUGGUGGUUGUUUGUAAGCCCCAUGCGAAAUGUGAGCCUGUGUAUUGGGAUAUCUAUCGCGAGGCGAGAGAGAUUCUGGAUACUGUUACUGAUGCGCGGGGACGAAGACUUAAGGUUUAUGAUAUUGAAGAGCCGGAUCCGGAGCUUGUCAAGGGUGAUGUUGAUGGGGAGGAAGAUGGUCCGGCGGCGUCUUAUGUGAAUUUCUACUUUGUGAAUGGGGGCUUGGUGAUGCCUGCUUUUGGUGAUGUCGAGGCGGAUCAAAAGGCAUUGGAGAUCAUACAGAGCCUUGUUCCUGAGCGGGAAGUGAGGCAAGUGGCUGUUAAUGCGUUGCCGAGGACUGGGGGUGUGUUGCAUUGUACAACACAGCAGGUGCUGUGA